ACUACGAAGCACAUUUUCCAGGAAGUGUGGGCUGCGACGAUUGUGUGCUCUUAACUAAUCCUGGGUAAGGUGGCCACUUUGACAGUCUUCUCAUGCUGCCUCCGCCAUCCUCUCCGUCAGAAGAUACCAUUUCAACUUUAACACAGCAUGAUCGAAACGUACAGCCAAUCUUCUCCCCGAUCUGUGGCCACUGGACCUCCUGUCAGCAUGAAAAUUUUUAUGUAUUUACUUACCAUUUUUGUUAUCACCCAAAUUAUUGGGUCGGCACUCUUUGCUGUGUAUCUUCUUAGAAGGUUGGACAAGAUCGAAGAUGAAAGGAAUCUUCAUGAAGAUUUUGUAUUCAUGAAAACGAUACAAAGAUGCAACAAAGGAGAUGGGUCCUUAUCCUUAUUGAACUGUGAGGAAAUUAAAAGCCGGUUUGAAGGCUUCUUCAAGGACAUAUUGGUAAACAAAGAGGAGACGAAGAAAGAACAAAACUUUGAAAUGCAAAGAGGUGACCAUGAGCCUCAAAUUGCAGCACAUGUCAUAAGUGAGGCCAGUAGUAAAACAGCAUCUGUUCUACAGUGGGCCGAAAAAGGGUAUUACACCAUGAGCAACAACAUGGUAACCCUUGAAAAUGGGAAACAGCUGAGUGUUAAAAGACAAGGACUGUAUUAUAUCUAUGCUCAAGUCACCUUCUGUUCCAACCAAGAUGCUUCGAGUCAAGCUCCAUUUAUGGCCAGCCUUUGCCUGAGGUCUGUGAGCGGAUCCGAGAGAAUCUUACUCAGAGCAGCAAAUACCCACAUUUCCUCCUCCAAGUAUUGCAGGCAACAAUCCAUGCACUUGGGAGGAGUAUUUGAGAUGCAUCCGGGUUCUUCAGUAUUUGUCAACGUGACUGAUCCAAGCCUAGUGAGCCAUGGGACUGGCUUCACGUCUUUUGGCUUACUCAAACUCUGAACAGUGGAACCUCACAGGCUGCACUGUGCUGCCUCUGGCAGUCUUCAUAAUACAGCAAGGAGUUAAGACCACCCCCUGCUGAACUGCCUAUUUAUAACCCUAGGAUCCUCCUCGUGGAGAACUAUUUAUUAUACACCAGAAGGCAUGUAGGGCUGUAAUAAGUGAAUUACAGCACAGGUGAAGGGCCCUGCUCCAUACGAGCUUAUAUUCUGAAGCAGCAACCUCACUGAUGCAGACUUCUAGAGAGUCCUAAGAAAAGACAAAGCCAUUAUGCACAGAGGGAAUUCUGAGUAAACAGCAGCAGAUCAUUAGCCAAGUUCAGUUUUGUUUUUUGUUUGUUUGCAUGCAAUGUCUUUCAGUGGACAAUGGAUUGAAUUUACCAGCAAGUGUGGGAGCCUCAACUUACGUUCGUUAUGGUUAACUCUGGGCCCCUGUUGUCCUAAUGGAGGGGCCAGAAUCUAGGAAGUCUAACACAGUGGAGAAUGGAAAAUCCCUGCCUUUGCCACCCCCCACACUCACUCAUUGUCUUUCAAUCUCUCUCCUUUGCUCUCUUUUAACCUCUUUUUCAAUCUCUCUGUCUCUGUCUCCAUCUGGGUCAGUCUGUCUGUCUGUCUGUCUGUCUCUCUCUCUCUCUCACACACACACACAGAGCCAGGCCAUUGUUCAUCAGUUAUCUGAUUUCCUCCCUGUCUCUGUCUCCACUGCUGUAGAUGAGAGGGGGGAAGCUGAGGCAGUUCCAGAUCUGCCUAUUCUUCAUCACGAAAUGACUAUUUAAAGGAAAUUCAGUGUAUUUACCUACAGUAUCCAUUGUUUCCAGAGUGAAAUUGUGAUUAUCUUGUUAUUUAUUUUUGGACUAAUAAAGAUCCUCUAAAAUUAUUGUCAUUUAGUACGUAAAGCCCUUGCCCAGGUUGGGAGGAGAGGGAGCAUUGGGAGGACAUUUUCCCAGUCUUCGUGAUGUUUUCAGAAACUCAGUUCUCAAGCUUAUUACAAAGUAUCUUGGUGACAGCACACUCUCUGGAAGUCUGGGGCAGCCUCCAAUAGGUGAUGUGGAAGCCUAUUCAGUGAAAAGCAGCUUGGGUCUUUAGUUCCAGCUUGUUCUGAAAAGGUUGCAAGAGAUUGAGAGGAGAUUUUUUUCUUGAUUAAUCUUAACUAAAUUGGGGCUAGAAGGAGGGCAUUUAAUAGGAAGGAGUAGCAUGACUUUUUAAUGGCUGUCUAGGUGGUUCAACAAGAGGCAAUGGAGCUGGGACAACUUGAGAGCAAGUAUUGGCUC